AUGGAGGAUCGAGCCUUUCUGGACGAGUUCGGACGCCGGAUCUCCCUGGCCGUGGGCUCUUCCGCGCUUUUGGGCGGCACCGGCUUCUAUGCACUUUCCAGGCAGCUGGGCUUCCGACGGCGGGGUCUGUGGACAUCGCUCGGUGCCACGUUGUGUCCGUGUCUCGCCUGGUACGCCGUGGUCUCCACUGAGCGUGCCAGAGUGAUGGAUCUAGGUCGGAAGCUGCAGCUGGAUGUCUCCAGCGACUUCCAGCCUCCAGCCAUGUCGCAGAACUCUGGCGACGAGGCUCUGGCGAAGCUGUUUCCACCACCACCUUCGGCCGCAGCUGGCCACGGCAUCCUCCCGCAGUUGCCGAGCCGCCCCGGCCCCUUCCCGCCGCCUGGCGGAUUGCCUCCAGGCUACUCGCCCUGGCGACCUUGUCAGGAGCUCGAUUCCCUGGAAGCUGACACCGGCCACAGCCGAACGAUCACAUCGAGAAGGACAAUGCCAAGGGCGAUUAGGAGGUGCAGGGGGACGACCUUCAUGGGGCAAGCCCCGGGACAGAGAGUUCCGACGUGCCUGCGCAGCAUGACGCCACCGUUCUGUGGCCGUUUUCUGCUCAGCGGCCCUUUGCCGGCUCCGCGAGCCUAUGCUGGCAGGCGCGAAGACCGCGCCGUGCACGCCGCGCUGCCGAACUCCCGCAGGCCAUGCUGCAUUGACAGCGGCGGUCGCCCUCACCUGGAGGGCUCCAAAGCUGCGAGCGAAGAAGGUGCCGAGGUCGACCCCGAGCUUGGAGAUGCUGGCGCUGAAAGCGGCGCAGGCUCGCAGCCAACGCUGCCUCCACCGUCGCAGCCCUCAAAUCUGGAGAGCCAUGCGACUUCGGCCUCGCCAGCUUCGCCGGCUCAAGGCUCCGUGGAGACGACGGUGCCUGCGGUGCAAGUGUGCAUCCGCAUGCGGCCGCUGCUGGCAUGGGAGCGAGCUGAAGGCUACAAGGAAAGCGCCAUGGAAGUGCGGGAAAGCCCCAGUGGGGGCAUGGGCAUCUGCCUGCAAACGGAGGGUCGGCGAAAUCGGCAAUUUCAGUUUAAUGCCGUGAUUGGCCCCGAGAGAUCUCAGCAGGAGGCCUGGGAUAUGUCCAAAAUCGACUCCGUUGUCUCCAAGGUUUGCAAGGGUUUCAAUGCCACGGUCUUCGCCUACGGACAGACGGGCACCGGGAAGACCUUCACUAUGGAGGGCUUCGACUACGACACGGGCCAGGCCGCCCCCUCGUUGAACGCCGCAUCCUCGGCGCGGCCGAGGGUCAAGGCUCGUUCCACACCUUCGGAGCAGCUGGGCAUGGUGCCCCGAGCGGUGCGAGCGCUCUUCGAGAAGUUACAGACUCGUCGGUCUGAGCCGCCCGACGGAAUGAACGGAGCAAGCGGAGCUGACGGCUGUGGGGACGAAGCUCGUGGCGUCCCCGGUGUCGUUGUCCGGGUGUCUUUUCUGCAGAUCUACAAGGAAAAGAUCUUCGACUUGCUCAAUCCAAUCUCGAGCGUGUCCCAGCGUGAAGCCGCGCGCGCUGGCGAGGACUUGGGUGGGCUUCGUAUGCGCUGGGAUGCCAUGAAGCGGCACUUCUUCGUGGAAAACCUGUUCCAGUACGAGUGCGGUUCAGCAGAGGAGGCUUUGCAGCACUACCAGGACGGUAUCGCCAACAAGCAGGUGGCAUCGACCACCAUGAACGUGGCUUCUUCCAGAUCGCACACCCUCCUGGUUUUCACUGUGCUCCGAAGGGAGGGACUGGAAUCCGGCCAGGGUCGAGAAGUUGUUUCUCAGCUGUCUUUGGUGGAUCUGGCUGGCUCUGAACGGACCCUGGCCAGCACGGAUACGACCCAGAGUGGUGCUCGGUUUGUGGAGGCAGUCAAUGUCAAUCAAUCGCUGUUUGUCUUGCGGCGCGUGAUCACUGCUCUAAGCAAACGGGACAACCAGAACUCGACUGACCGCACACAUGUACCUUACCGUGAGUCAAAGCUCACGUCUCUGCUCCAAAACAGCUUGGGUGGCAACAGCUACUUGAUCAUGUUUGCUUGCCUGGCAGCAUCGGAGCGACAUGACGAUGAGAAUCUGAGUACGUUGCAGUAUGCAUCUCAAGCUGCCUGCAUCAGAAACGAGCCAGAGGUCAACAUUGAUCCCAAGGACCGGAAAAUCCAAGAGUUGGAGGCCAAACUGUCUGUUGCUCACGGAUACCUCCUCCAAGCUCUUUCUCUAACAGAACUGCCAAGCGACUUGUUGGAGAAGGAAAGAGCAGCCGCUGUUGGCGCCGCUGGUGCUGGCAAGUUUAGGCCUCCCAGAAAGGAUCGACAGCCACAGCCUCCGCAGCCGAGGGAGAAGAUGGAGAAGACGGCCCCUCUGCCCCCGCGCUCGCGCUUCGGCUCGAAGGAGAAGGUCGCAUCCCCGACGACGACGGCCACAAGUUGGAGCAAGAGUGAAGAGGGGGAGCGAGGAGAGGGCACCGUGGCAAGAGAAGGCUUUCUGGGAUCUCGCUUGGAACCUCGGAAGCAUCCAAAAGCCCCCAAGCCGCCGCGCAAUGGCCCGACGAGCUCCCUCGGCGACCGUCUCGGCCUCUCUGCCCGAAAUCCACGUUCUUCCACCUUCUCACGGCUGGUUCAAGGGGAAAAGUCGCCGAGAAGCUCCGACUGGCCUUUCUUUGCCCGGAAGCCAAGGCCGUCGUCGUUGCCUCCUGUGGUCCCGGAGCUCGAGAACGAAAUCGGAGGUGACUCUGCGCCCUUGCCACCUUUGCCCUGCAAGCUGUGGCCAAGAAAGCCCGAGGAGAUCAUCUCGGAUGCCUCUGCUGCAUCUGCUUCCGGGCAGCCGGAGUCCUUAGAGCCAGAGGUUACAAGGAAGCAAAUGGAUGAUGGUGGCUUGGCUCUACCGGUUCCCACGGACGAGGCCGACAACAGUGGAGCCAACGAUGAGGCACAGGAUGGCAUCUUGGAGAACUCAUGUGUUGCAAGUAG